AUGGAUUCCAAAAGCGUUUUCCUCAUCCUUGGUCUAUUGGCCAUGGUUCUUGUUAUUUCCUCUGAGGUGUCAGCUAGAGAAUUAGCUGAGACUUCCACUGAUACCAAAGAGGUAGUUGUUGAAAAGUCAAAUGAAGUAAAUGAUGCCAAAUAUUACGGUGGAGGUUAUGGUCAUGGCUAUGGUCAUGGUGGAAGCUAUGGUCAUGGAGGCUACGGUCAUGGAGGCUAUGGUGGAGGCUACGGUCAUGGUGGUGGCUACGGUCAUGGUGGUGGAGGUUACGGUCAUGGUGGUGGCUACGGUCAUGGUGGUGGAGGUUACGGUCAUGGUGGUGGUGGAGGUUACGGUCAUGGUGGUGGUGGUUACGGCGGAGGCGGUGGAUACAACGGUGGCGGUGUUUCCAACAAUGAGGUCGUUGAAAAAUCAAAUGAAGUAAAUGAUGCCAAAUAUGGCCACUACUAUGGUGGUGGCGGAAGGUACCAUGGAGGUGGCAGUUACCAUAAUGGUGGCGGAGGGUACCAUGGAGGUGGCGGUUACCAUGGUGGACAUGGUGGACACGGUGGUGCUUCCGACAAUGGUAACUGA